GUCAACGAGCCAGUGAACAUUAAGCGGAGCAGACCAAAAUCCCAAACAAGGAAAUGGUGGGGGAAUAAAACGAUCAGAUUAUUUAAUUAAUGCAUGUAAUAAUUAAUAUUUUAUUUUAUUGUAAAUUAAGAAAUAUUUAUGGGUAACAAUGGAUUACGACUUCAAAACAAAGCUCGCGGCGGAAAGAGAGAAAGUAGAAGAUCUGUUUGAAUAUGAAGGUUGCAAAGUGGGUCGAGGCACCUACGGUCAUGUUUAUAAAGCUAAGCGCAAAGACGGGAAAGACGAGAAGGAGUAUGCACUGAAACAAAUAGAAGGUACCGGAAUAUCGAUGUCUGCGUGCAGGGAGAUCGCGCUGCUGCGAGAGCUGAAGCACCCCAACGUGAUAGCCCUGCAGAAAGUGUUCCUGUCCCACAGUGACAGAAAGGUGUGGCUCCUCUUCGACUACGCCGAACACGACCUCUGGCACAUUAUUAAGUUUCACCGUGCCUCGAAGGCCAACAAGAAGCCCAUGCAGCUGCCCCGGGGCAUGGUGAAGUCACUCCUGUAUCAGAUACUGGACGGCAUCCACUAUCUCCACGCCAACUGGGUUCUACACCGGGAUCUGAAACCGGCCAACAUCCUGGUCAUGGGAGAAGGUCCUGAACGGGGACGAGUCAAAAUCGCGGACAUGGGAUUCGCCAGGCUCUUUAACUCGCCCCUCAAGCCGCUUGCAGACCUGGAUCCCGUGGUGGUGACAUUCUGGUAUCGCGCCCCCGAACUGCUGCUAGGAGCAAGACACUAUACCAAAGCUAUAGACAUCUGGGCGAUCGGCUGCAUCUUUGCCGAGUUGCUGACGUCGGAGCCCAUCUUCCACUGCCGCCAGGAGGACAUCAAGACCAGCAACCCCUUCCACCACGACCAGCUGGACCGGAUUUUCAGCGUCAUGGGCUUCCCGGCAGACAAGGACUGGGAGGACACGAAGAUGCCGGAGUAUCCCACGCUGCAGAAGGACUUCAGGAGAACGACGUAUGCAAACAGUAGCCUCAUCAAGUACAUGGAGAAGCAUAAAGUGAAACCUGACAGCAAGUUUUUUUGUUGGUAUGUUUUUCUGUGUCUGCAGAAGCUCCUCACAAUGGAUCCCACCAAAAGGAUCACCUCAGAGCAGGCUCUACAGGAUCCCUAUUUCCUGGAGGAGCCUCUCCCUACAUCUGAUGUCUUCGCUGGCUGCCAGAUCCCGUACCCGAAACGGGAAUUCCUGAAUGAAGACGAACCAGAAGAGAAAACGGAGAAGAACCAGACUCAGCAGCAACACCAGCAGACGCAGGCGCAGACGCAGACGCAGCAGGCCGCUGCACAGCAGGCUCCAUCGCAGCAGAGCUCUGCUCAGACCAAUGGCACGGCGACAGGGACCGGGGCCACCGCUGCGACAGGACUGCAGCAUGGCCAGGAUCAGGCGCCGCCCAACAAGAAACCACGCAUGGGGCCUUCGGGGGCCCCCUCGGGCACUGGGGUCAUGCAGUCCGAGUACCAGCACUCCAGUUCCCGUCUUGGUUACCAAGGCAACGUCCAAGGCUCUUCUCAGUCCCAAAGCACCAUGGCAUAUUCCUCUACUUCCCAGCAGAGUUCCCAGUAUUCCCACCAGUCACACCGCUACUGAUGUUUGGCUUAUCCUUAGCCCCUAGCCCUAACCCUAACCGUCAGUCCCAAACACUCUUCCCCCGAUCAUUCUCCUGCAGGCCAUAUCCCUGACACCAACACGCACCCCCUAGUAUGACCCCACCAGGGAUCUGACCCUCAGCCUCCCACCCCAAAGACUCCCCCACCCCCCCCCACCUAACCCCGCCCAUGUUCGUCUAGCCCUCGCCCUGACUCAGGGCUUCUGCAAUAUGAAGGCAAAUUCAACACAGGAACCAAAAAAAAAAAACAACAAGCCCUCUCACCCUUAGAUGAAGAGGGAAAUGCAAGGACAAGAGAAGAAGAGAGAAGCCACGCAGAGCCUCUGGCAUGGUGUCCUCUCAGACCCCAGGCACUCGUACGGGAGGGAGGUGGCACCUCUGUCCGUUUAUAUACCGCACCUUUUCUAUUCGUUCGACAACGGACUUGUUUUGUUCGCUCUGCUGAGUUUUUAAGUUUAAUUUGUUAUGUCUGUAAAUAUUUUUUGGUAUCAAACAGACGGGACGAAGCGCAGGAAACAAGCCCUUUACACACAAUGGUAUCUCACGCUGCACGAUUCCCUUUACGUAUUUUAUAAUUUUUUUUUUUUUUUUCAAAUAUCAAUGAGAAAAUAAUAAAGGAAAAAAAAAUCAACCCGGUGCUUUCUGGGUUUGAGGAUGAAAGAAGGAAAAAAACAAGCUUCUCAGAAUUAUCCCAGCUUAUAAAUCUGUCGUCCUGAAGUCCCUUUUGUACAGAUGGAACAUUGACUCCACAGGUGGCUCCUGCGGGGGAUGUGAGCUCUGCUUUAUAACCAUACUCUGUUAGUGACGUGGAUUCACGUUGAGUUCUGUCUUUCUGUACCUCUCAAGCGCCAUUCCUCACCAAGACCCCCCCCCCCCAAUCCACCCCCAGCAAGAGACCAUCAGUUGUAUUUUCCACUUGACAAAAAUGGUUCCCUAGUUUGUGUAUUGGGGUGAGCGUGCGAGAAGCAAGAAAUGUGGCAUCUAAUUAUCCAAUAUGAAUGUAAACGUCCCAUGGCAUCGACCAUGCGAAUGCAGUCGUGCCCAGUUGCUGGAGAUGGGCAUCUGAGUAGACGACCGUGCCAGCAGGGGUCAAAGGUCAGGCCAAAAGCAUGUCGCGUGUCAGAGCAGCUAAAGGUUAUCAGCCCAACACCUCGGGGCUUCACCGUUUAUACAUGUAAUUUUUUUUGUUAUUGUUGCGGCUGUUGUUGUUGUUAUUGUUCUAAGUGAACUCUGAGGGAUUGCACUGGCAGCUUGAUCUCCACUGGACCCAGGAACAACAAGGCGUGAAGAGCCCAGCUUCCCCUCUGCACCUCCUCUCCUUCAAUGAGCACUGAUAUUAUUCUCCUUCUUGGAGCAGAGCAGAGGGAUUGUAAAAGAACGAUGUUGGCUGGGGAAGGACGUCGCCUCUAAGAAUCUCCUCUCUCUCUCUCUCUAUCCCUCUCUCUAUCCCUCUCACAGGCUGUCGCUGGUGGUAACGCUCAGUAUGAUGUAUAAUAAGUGCAACAUCAUUCUCUAGCUUCUUAUAUCAGUGCUCAGCCAGUCCAAGAGUCAGCAGUGUCAAUGGUGAUUUUAAUUUUAAUGACGGCAUCUUUAAAGCUCUUUAAACUGCCUUCGCUGUGCGAUCAGCCAGUGUAGUCAGCUUGCCUGUAAUAGGAAUCAGCACGCUCCUCUUGGAGCAAGUAUCGGCCCCCCGGUGCUCGCCUGUCGUGAAGAAAGGCCUUUUAUCUUGGCCUUGAUAGGCAUGAUAGCAGCCAGCUGAUCCAUCCACCUUCCACACUUGAGAUAGCGUCUUUAACAGGAACACCGUCACGGGAGAAUCUCACCCGUCAGUCAUCAUUCAGCGAUAGUGACGAUACAAGACCGAACAUCCUCAGUGGCUGUUCUGGCAUUUUCCGCCGAUGACGAAAGCUUGCUUUGUUCUGUUUUUAUAAUUUUAUUGUAAGUUCUACUGUCUUUCUGCCUUGGCCCUGCAGUGAACAGGCCGAGGCCUAUUCCAGGAGCGCGACACUGAUGUUCUUGGGGUUCAUCUGAAACUAGCAAUAUUGCGCUCAGAGUUUUCCACGUCUGCACUGGGAGCGUCAGGAUGGAUGCCGGGACACUGGCCGACCAAUUGGGCGUGACCACGGUCCUGACUGUUUUCUAAACGUCCUUUGUAUGAAGAUUUGUUACUGUCGUUAUUAUUAUUAUUAUUGUUGCCGUUUUGUUUUCUUAAUUAUUUUUUUAAGUUGCCGUUGUACCUUUUUAUUACCCUACGGUCAGACGCAAAGGGCCAGGUGAUACAGCCUUUCCAAAACCGUGGUGUAUUCUGGGAAAUCCAACCAGCAGCUUUUCAGAAGUUCUUUGGCAGACUUCUUUUCUAUGCUUAAAUUAUGGUUAACGAGCGUAACGGCUCCACAUCCUAUUGCUCUGAAGUAAACUACUUAAGCGAGGUUUUAAAGUAUUACACUGUAUGCAGCCCGCGCUGGUUGCGCUGGGGCAAUAACAGGCAUACAGUUCCUAUGCAAAACAAACGGGAAAAAAAAAAAGCUUUUACUUGCGUAUUGCCUCGGUUUUAUUAAGGGGCACGGAUCUCACAGGUUUCUUAUGGUUGAAACUUUAUUGGUUUUUAAAUGAUUUGGAUAUCGAUUUCUUAUUGUGGUUCUUACAACUAAAUGUUGAAUCAUGGGAUUUGGCAUACAGCUUAGCAUAAUCUCCUCUUUCUCAUUCAUUACUGCAUUAUGAGAAUUAUAUUCUAAAUGAUAUAUUGUAAAAGAGAGCAUGUAUAUAGACAGUAUACCAUCAUAUUUAUUAUUUCCGUAUAUAUAUAGAAAACAUAGAUAUAUGUUUCGAGGUGUUUCUUGAGCACUUAAGAGACUUUGACCUGGAGUGGAUCUGUGUCUUACAGAACCCAAGUACAGUACUUAUUUGAUCAUGGGACUACAGUAAAUUUGCCUGUCGAUGCCAUAGCGUAUAAUAGAAGAUAAUUUACACUGUAAAAAGAUACCUAAUAAGAUUUCAUUAGUGUAAUGCUUAGUAUGUCAUUGCCAUUUUAUUCUGUAAUGAUACUAAUGGAGUUCGCUUGAAUACUUUCUUGGAUCUCCAUUCGGUGUCGCCUAUCAGCUGCUGCCUUUUCUUCUUUUAUUUCCCAUAUAUAUAAUGCAUUUUUCAAAAAAAAAAAAAAAAACAGACAGAUGUGACUUUUACUAAAAGCUUUGGACUCAAACCGUACAUUUCAGCGUAUGCUCAGUGCCUUUUAAUCCUGAGUUUUGACCUCAUGGUUGCCGUCUCGUACAAUAUCCGGGACGUGUUUUAUGUUGGCCUUUUUGUGUCAUGUGUGCGUGUGUUUCUUUUUUUAUCAUUAUCUUUGUAUGUUUUUUUCAUAACUGAUUUGCAUCUCCUCAUCAUUUUGAUUAUUUACCGUAGGCAGCAAGCAGCUAAAUAUCACCGUCAAUGUUAGGAAAUUGUAAGAAAAACCAACAGCAUAGUGGAUGAAAUAUUAACUUUGUUUCUAUGCGUCGAUAUUGUUUUUCAUUAAAGUACAUUUGAGAUGAUUCAUUGUAAUGCAUUGCUAUGAUAAUUGUUCUUACUGCACUGUUCUUGCUGAAAUAUUUAGUAGGAAAUUAAUACUAUUUAAUUUUUUAUAUAAUGUCUUGUUUAGACACUAAACAUAUGGCAGUUGUAAGACAAUAGGGUGAGAAGAGGAGUCUUAUGUAUGUAUAAACACAUAACGAUUUGAUCUGAUAUAGAUCCAUGUCAUAGUGCACUCCUAAGUCUGCACCUCUUCACAAUGUCCCUUUUAUGUUUCUUGCAUGUGCUUUCUGGUCCAGAACUUUUUAGGCACUUACUCCAGUCUUUGCAAGUGGAUAAUGACACCGACUAGAGGACAGGGACAGACAUUUGGCCUGCAGAGAUCUCCCGCAGCCGGUCACACUCUCAAAGCCAGCAGACUCCCUUCUGCAGGCUCCUUUAGGGCAGGGUGACAGUUUUCAUGCAUUCUGCAUGUCUGCAUGCAGGUGAUUCCUGCAGCCAAGUUGCUUUUAGAGAUUCCUGUUGAUUUGCCGCAAGAACCUGGCUCUCAGUUGAAGGGAGCCAGCAGAACAUCAGUGUGUUGGCAUAUCUGGAUCAUCAACUAUCAAUUGGAAUAAACUGCAAUUAAACUUUAAACAAGUUGUGUAUCAUGUGGGGCAUUGAACAAGCAAUCAAAAGAAUGAUCAAACGAAUCCCAAACUGUUUUCUGACCUUGUGGUUAAUGCCCCUUGAAAUUGUUCUCUUCUGCAAUGAUUUGUGUGAAGGAUGCUUCACGAAGGCCGUCUCGUGACAAUACCAGUGUUUAUUCCACCCCCACAUUCCACACACUUUGGGGGGGGGAGAAAAUCUCUGCAGGCAAGUGUCUUUCUGCUCCCGUGUUCUCCGCAUCACCACGUGUGCGUGCGUGUAAACUCGUGUGUGGGAUACGCAACAGAUCAGAAAAACUAAACUGUGUCCAUAGCAAUAACACAGUACAGAGGGAAAGGAUCAUUUAUACUCUACUGCUGCUUUUAGCGAUGUUGUCCUGAUUUCACUGUACAAAUGACUGUUAAAUGAGGAAAAAGUCAUGUAUAUUUAUUUUAUAUCCUCUAUUGUAAUAAAAUCUCUUUUGCUUCAGGUGGAAAA